AUGGCGGGAAUGGACCCAGCAGAACCAGUCGUUUCCUCUACAAAGGUGUCGAUCGGGGUUCAGGCCCCUCCAGAUGACCCGCCUCCCGCCUCCCGUGGUAAACACCCACCUCUCGUAGCUGAAAAUAGGCGGCUCAUGAUGUACGGAUACUGUGUCAGUGUCUCCUGGAUACGCUACUACGCCAGGGAACACGGUUGGCUGACCCCAUCUGGCGGGGCGGAUGAUACCAAAGUCUUCAUUGACCUCACGAAAAAACUGGGCAGAUGGGACCAUAUCAUGGCACCGAGCGUAUGUGUAUACCGGAAGCCGACAAUGAAUGGGCAACCGAAGUCUGCAUUGUGUCUCAAUAGUGUCAAAGAUCGCCAGUCAUUCCAGCUUGCCUUCAUUUUUGGUUCGGGGACGAAUAGGACAGUGGCAGAUAUGGAGGAUGCAUUGAAUCCGAGUCGGAUUCAGACCCUGAAGGAGGUGAUGAGGAUGGAGAGAGAGCCUUUGUGGUACUAUUUGACGCAGAGAGAGCAUCAUGACCAGCCCUGGCUCCCGGACAACGACGAAGAGGAGGCACCUGCAAAAUAGAGAUUUCAGUGGCCUGCUGCGUAGUCUAUCUGGAUGUCACGUUCUAUGCUGCAUACAUCUGUCGCGUUUCUGUUGUUUCAACUACUGAGCUACUGAGCUACACCCGUGCAAGGAUAUCAUUCAGUUGAAACCGCUUUCCACCCCCGCCCUCUGCAUGUCCAUGUGCAUCAAGUCGUUCUUUCCUAAUAUGCUCACCAAAGUGUGAGGAUUCGGUUGAGAAUCUGACGGCUUGGAUCACAUUCUCGUCUCUAGCGCAUCGUAGAAAUAUUCGGCUUCGUCGUUUCCGAAUAACAGGUCUUUUCAGUAUUAUCUCAGUGGGGUAAAUUGGAUGAUGCAUAUUCAACGAUCAUAUAUUUCGGUCUCUUUCGUCAUUGUAGGCACAAGGCUCGGCUAUUUUGUUUCGCUCGCGCCGUCACCGUCUGCCCUUCACCAUUCGCGAUGACCAGAAUGCCACGCCUUGUGCCACAUGGUACUCGUACGUGUAUAUGUUUCUAUUUAAUUUAGGCAUUUUGGACUAGCAAACAUGGGUGCUUUCGCAAGUCACAAAAUUUCGUUUCGUACUCUUCUGG